UUUAACUAUGGCAGGCGGCCAAUGAGAGGUUAUUUAUUCUGAUUAAUAAAAUAAGAAGAAAGAGGAAAAAGCCGCAGUUAGCGUGCCUCUCUCACAUUUCCAAUUUUGUCACUCUCGACUAAUUGUUCGCGCCCGCCACCACCAAACACCUAAUCUACAGGGAAUUUGAUAGCUACAAGGAAGCGGAUAUGUCUGGGAUUAUAAAUCGAAAAAUGGCUACCAGAGGCAUUUCUGCUUUGAAUAUGAAUCAGUUCCUGUUGGGAAGCAGGGUAUUUGCAUCUAGAAAUUUUUCUUCAGCAACUAAAGAGAUGACUGUCCGUGAUGCUUUGAAUUCUGCUCUGGAUGAAGAAAUGUCUGCGGAUCCAAAGGUCUUUAUAAUGGGAGAGGAGGUUGGUGAAUACCAAGGAGCCUAUAAGAUUACCAAAGGGCUGUUGAAUAAAUAUGGUCCACAAAGAGUUCUUGAUACACCCAUUACUGAGGCUGGAUUUACUGGAAUGGGAGUUGGUGCUGCUUACCAUGGUUUGAAGCCUGUUAUAGAAUUCAUGACUUUCAACUUUUCAAUGCAGGCUAUUGACCAUAUUAUCAAUUCUGCUGCAAAAUCAAAUUAUAUGUCUGCCGGUCAGAUCGCAGUCCCCAUCGUCUUCAGGGGUCCUAAUGGUGCUGCAGCUGGAGUAGGUGCUCAACACUCUCAGUGCUAUGCGGCGUGGUUUGGUGCAUGUCCUGGAUUGAAGGUGCUAGCUCCAUACUCGUCUGAGGAUGCUCGCGGUCUGCUAAAAGCUGCUAUCAGGGACCCAGAUCCUGUUGUUUUUCUGGAAAAUGAAUUGCUAUAUGGUGAGUCUUUCCCUGUUUCUGCUGAAGUUCUUGAUUCUAGUUUCGCUCUUCCCAUUGGAAAAGCUAAGAUUGAACGUGAAGGAAAGGAUAUCACAAUUACUGCUUUCUCAAAGAUGGUUGGUUCUGCUCUUAAGGCUGCUGAAAUUCUUGCAAAAGAGGGAAUUAGUGCUGAGGUCAUAAAUUUGCGCUCUAUCCGACCGCUUGAUAGAUCCACCAUUAAUGCUUCUGUGAGGAAAACCAACAGGCUUUUAACUGUUGAAGAAGGGUUCCCACAACACGGCGUUGGAGCUGAGAUCUGUGCUUCUGUGGUUGAGGAAAGUUUUGAAUAUCUUGAUGCACCAGUUGAGAGGAUAUCUGGGGCUGACGUUCCGAUGCCAUAUGCAGCAAAUCUAGAAAGAAUGGCUGUUCCACAGAUUGAAGAUAUUGUUCGUGGAGCAAAGAGGGCAUGUUACAGAGCAGCAAAAUCAGUUCCAAUGGCUGCAACUGCUUAAGCUUUGGUAGGAACAAAGACUGCCAAGCUGGUUCUAAGCGUUUUAUUUCCUCUUAUGUGGAUAUUGAUUCUUUAUCCGCCUGCGAGUGGAUGCUUCUAUAUUUACCAUCCUGAGAAGUUUAAUUUGUCCAUGAAAAGAAAAUGCUAAAUGUUAGAAAAUAAUUUUUGCCGUUUACUUGCGCUCUCUUUUCACUGGUGUUACCAAAUGUUAUGUAAGACUUGUCAGUUUUGACCGCUGAGGGUUCACGAGAACAAACUCUGUAGUGAUAUGUAAUAUGAUAUAUGCUUGCAUUAUUUGUAAUCUACAAAACAAUGUAUUGAUCUCAAAUAACGCCAAUCCAGUUUUUGAAGAGGCUCGAAUAACAUCA